AUGAUAGACUGGAUUGGUGAAUUUGGUGUUCUUCGGAAGCAAAGGGUGAAGCGAGCGAUCCAUGUCGUAAAUAAGGAUCGCUACAACACGACAACGGAAGAUAGUUCGAGAACACCUUGGGGCCAAGUGGCUCAGAUAUUAAAAAAUAUAGUACGCCGAAUCAAAGGCAAAAAGGAUAUUAAGUCGUCAGUUUGA